AUCUGCCAUGACAAGAAUAUCCUGGGCUGAGUGAAGCUAGAAAUCGUGAAGCAUGGGCGACUGGAGCUUUCUGGGGCGGCUGCUGGAGAACGCUCAGGAGCACUCGACGGUCAUCGGCAAAGUCUGGCUGACCGUCCUCUUCAUCUUCAGGAUCCUGGUGCUGGGGGCCGCGGCCGAGGAGGUGUGGGGCGACGAGCAGUCCGACUUCACCUGCAACACGCAGCAGCCCGGCUGCGAGAACGUCUGCUACGACGAGGCCUUCCCCAUCUCGCACAUCCGCUUCUGGGUGCUGCAGAUCAUCUUCGUGUCCACGCCGACCCUCAUCUACCUGGGCCAUGUGCUGCACAUCGUCCGCAUGGAGGAGAAGCGGAAAGAGAAGGAGGACGAGUCGCACAAAGGACACCGGUUUCAGGAGGAGAAAGAACUCCUUUAUAGAAACGGAGGAGGGGGAGGUGGCGGCGGCAAGAAGGAGAAGCGGCCGAUCAGGGACGAGCACGGAAAAAUCCGUAUCAGAGGCGCGUUGCUGCGUACUUAUGUGUUCAACAUUAUUUUCAAGACCCUGUUUGAAGUGGGAUUCAUUUUGGGCCAGUAUUUCCUCUAUGGCUUCCAGCUGAGGCCCCUGUACAAGUGUGCGCGUUGGCCCUGCCCCAACACCGUGGACUGCUUCAUAUCCAGGCCCACGGAAAAGACUAUUUUUAUUAUAUUUAUGCUUGUGGUGGCUUGCGUGUCUCUUUUGCUGAAUUUGUUAGAGAUCUAUCACCUUGGAUGGAAGAAAGUUAAACAGGGCAUGAGGAAAGAGUCAGCCCCCGACCGAAAGUUGCUGCGCAGCGUCAACAUCGCCGAGCCCAAGUGUUUGCCCUCGGCCUCCAGAACUGCCCCCUCCAGCCUCAGCUACCCCCCCAACUACACGGAUGUGACGGGGGGCAGCGGUGCCUUCUUGGGUCCGGCGGCCGUGCCCUCAGCGGAGGAGUUCAAGAUGGAGGAGCUCCAGCAGGAGGAGCCCUCCCCCUCCUCCCACUACUACAUCAGCAACAACAACAACCACAGGCUGGCCGCGCAGCAGAACUGGGCCAACCUGGCCACCGAGCAGCAGACUCUGGAGAUGAAGGCCACGUCCCCCUCCCCAUCCCCAUCCUCCUCUUCCUCUUCCUCCACUGACAAGGAGCAGCAGCAGAGUGUGGACACAGCUCUGCUUCCUCCAGCCAGCAACACCACCAGUAACACCACCAGUAAAUCCAACAUCCACAACUCCACCGCCGCCUCCUCCUCCAGCAUUAGCCAGGGCACGGUGUCCAACGCUGGCAGCGGAGCGGGGGGGGGGAGGAGUGAUCAGGAGGAGGGGUCCGUCACCACCACCACUGUGGAGAUGCACGAGCCCCCAGUGAUGGUCACAGACCCCCGGCGGCUCAGUCGGGCUAGCAAGAGCAGCAGCAUCCGGGCUCGGCCGAGCGACCUGGCCAUCUAAACCUCCUCCUCCCUUCCAUGUCCCUGAAACCCUCCUUUUCCUCCAAACCCCCAAAAUACAGUGAUUCUCAGAGAUAAAAAUCCCAUACCUGCAAAAAAAAACGAAAAAUCAAAAGAAGGCGAGGUGACAGAAGACAGGGAAGCAGAGAAAAGGUUUAAUGUGAAAUGA